AUGAAAUCCUCCGUUGCAGUGGUGGCCGCUGCGUUGGCGGCCCCUCUAGUCUCGGCUAUACACCUCGCUCCUCGCUCUUCCUCAAGUCCGCCCCGAACCAUCGGCCUACCCAUUGAGCGAAGACAGGUCCCCGAUAUCCUCGCCCAUGAACAGUCUCGCAUGAGAAAACGACAGACGCAACGAACCGUCUCACAAUCCCUCGACAACGAGCAAUCUCUCUACUAUGCCAACAUCACGCUGGGAACCCCCGCCCAGGCCCUCCGCCUGCACAUCGACACGGGCAGUUCGGAUUUAUGGGUCAACGUGGCCACCUCUGCCUUUUGCGAGUCUGGCCAAGACACCUGCGAGGGUGGUACUUACGAUUCGUCGGCUUCAUCAACGUAUAAGCUCGUCAAUGACCAAUUCAAUAUCUCCUACGUCGACGGCACGGGAGCGGCAGGCGACUACGUGGCCGACACCUUACAAUUCGGUGGUGUCACUCUGACAGACUUCCAAUUCGGCAUUGGCGAGUCCUCGUCCUCGCAGCAAGGUGUGCUGGGAAUUGGCUACAUGUCGAACGAAGUUCAAGUUCAGCGUGCGGGAAUGGAUGCCUAUCCCAACUUGCCCGAAGCCCUCGUCCAAGGCGGCCACAUUGCCUCCAAUGCCUACAGCCUUUGGCUCAAUGACCUGGACUCUUCGACGGGAGAAAUCCUGUUCGGUGGCGUCAACACCGAAAAGUACGAAGGAGAACUCGCCACCAUACCCAUUAUCCCCAGUAAUGGUGUCUAUUUUCAACUUGCCAUUGCCCUUACGGGCUUGGUAAGCUCGGGCACUGACCUCUCCUCCUCGUCCUCCCUACCCACUGCCGUCCUCCUCGACUCCGGCGCUACCCUCAGCUACUUGCCCAACGACAUCACCCAGUCCAUCUACAACCAGGUCCAGGCUGUGUAUCAAACCGAUGUCGGGGCCGCAUACGCUCCCUGCAGUCUCGCAUCUUCCUCUGCCACUAUCGAUUUCACAUUUUCUGGCCAAACCAUUCGCGUGCCCUACAACGAGUUGUUCCUCAGCGCGGGCACGAACAAUUUUGGUCAGCCCAUCACCUUCCAGAACGGCGAGGAGGCCUGCUUGUUCGGUAUCGCCCCAUCGCAAGGCGCAAUGGCCGUUCUUGGAGAUACCUUUUUGCGGAGUGCCUACGUGGUCUACGACUUGGCCAACAAUGAGAUCUCUCUUGCUCAAACGGUCUUCAAUUCCACGAGCAACAACAUCCAAGAGAUCACCACUGGGGAGAAAGCCGUGCCCAACGCGACUCCAGUCUCGGACCCAGUCACCGACGUGUCUGCCGGCACCGGAGGGGCCAGGCUGGGCGCUGCUCCCUCCAGCACUCCUUUGGGAGAUGCCAACUCGGGCUCCCUGGACAAGGGGAGCGCACGACCGAUGGCUGCCAUGAUUGCCGCUGUCGUGGCUGUUGCUGCACUGGUUGUAUGA